AUGACUAUAUCCACAUUGUCUUUGAAUGACGGACACCAGGUCCCCUGGAUAGCUUUCGGCACUGGUACUGCGCUCUUUGGUAAAGAUGCUGAGGAUGCCAUACGCCUUGCUAUCGACAAUGGCUUUACACACCUCGAUGGUGCGCAAGUCUAUGGCAACGAGGAUACAUUGGGGGAUGGCAUAGUAGCUUCUGGAAAGUCUAGGUCCCAGCUUUUCAUAACGACGAAGCUCGGAAAAUUGCAGCCUGGUGCAACUCCCAAGAGCGCGCUACAGGAGUCCUUGAAGAAAAUCAAAGUGGAUUACGUCGACUUAUACCUUGUCCACCAAGCCAAUAACCACGUCGGGCAGCUAAAGGAGAUCUGGAAAGGGAUGGAAGAGGCUCAGAAGGCGGGCUUGACCAAGUCCAUUGGAGUUUCUAACUUCGCUCCUGACCACCUGAAGACUAUAAUGGAAGUCGCCAGUAUACCUCCUGCAGUUAAUCAGGUCGAGGCUCACCCAUAUGUAUGGAAAGCGUUGCAGCCGAAUCUUGCCAUCCACGACCAAUACAAAAUCGUCACGUCGUCAUAUGCUGGUUUGUCACCUCUUUUCCGGGGAAAGGGUGGUCCACUCGACCCCGUGAUCGAGCAAAUCCGCGCUCGCUUGGAGAAAACUCGUGGUACCCCUGUGUCUGAUGGUCAGGUGUUGAACAAAUGGCUUCAACAGAAAGGUGUUCUUGUGGUAACAACCUCGUCGAAAGCCGAACGUAUCAGAGAAUACCUUGACACGGAGAAUGUGCCGGAGCUUACAGCUGAGGAGAUCGCACUUAUAGACACUACUGGAGGAAAACUUCACAAAAGAUUCUUCCCUGGUAACUGGCCGCCCGAGUAA